AUGGGUUCCAUUGCCAACGACGACACCUCCAACUUGAGCCCGGUCACGGGUAUUGAGAGAUUGAAGGCUAUUCAAGAAAUUGUCGAGGCCAGAGUUGCUACUUCUACCACUGAUCUGCGUCAAGUCAUUAAGCACAUCUACGACAAUCCCGAAAUCGCUUUCGAAGAGUACAUUGCGCACGACACUAUCUGCAAGUUCCUUGAAGAUCAAGGAUUUCAGGUCACUCGGAAAGCCUAUGCCCUCGAUACUGCUUUUGAGGUUCUCUACGGUCAGGGUGGUAGAUUGAUCAGCAUCAAUGCCGAAUAUGAUGCUCUCCCUGGCAUUGGUCACGGAUGUGGCCAUCACUUGAUCGCUGCUGCCAGUAUUGCGGCUUUCCUUGGCAUUACUGCAGCUAUCAAGAAGAACAAUAUCGAGGGCCGUGUCCAGCUACUUGGCUGUCCAGCCGAGGAGAAUCAGGGUGGCAAAGCUGUUCUGUGUAAGAAUGGAGCUCUAAAGGGCGUUGAUGCCGCUGUCAUGGCACAUCCCGUGCCGCCGUAUCAAAUCUCAAAGAAUGCUAUCGAAGAUAAUGUGACCGCAGUUGGAGGUUGCUCCUCGUUGGCCAUGCUUCGGUGGGUCGUGGAGUUCCACGGAAGAGCAUCCCACGCCGCUGCGUGCCCUCACCUAGGCGUUAAUGCCUUCGAUGCCGCCGUCGCCGCUUAUAACAACGUUGCUCUUUUGAGACAGCAGAUUAUGGACGCAGAGAGAAUCCACGGCUGUGUUCUUGAGGGACCUACCGUGCCCAACACUAUUGGACAUUAUACUAAGACUGUAUGGAUUGCGCGCAGUCCCACCCGGGGCUCACUCGAAGCGCUUUGCAAGCGUGUUCUUGCUUGCUUUGAAGCCGCUGCCCUGGCUACUGGAUGCACUGUCAAAAUUACCGAGGGUAAUAUGUACACCGAUACCCUCGUCACUGAGAGCCUUUGCAACCGUUACGCAGAGAUUACGAACAGCAUUCAAGGCCACAACACUAUUCCCUUCAUUCACAGAGUCGAGCCAGGCUCCACAGACUUUGGCAAUGUCACAUAUGAAUGCCCAGGUAUUCACGCUUAUUAUGGUGUCCCUUGUACGUCUGGGGUCUCAGUUCACCACCAGACUUUCACCGAGGCUACGGGUACUGAAGAAUCCUUCUACCGCUCACUGAAGCAGGGUACCAUGCUGGCUCUGACUGCGUGGGAUCUUCUUACAGACGAUGCAUUCUACAAGCAAGUUAAGGCCGAGUGGGAUGUUACUGUCAAGAAGCACAGCGAAUGA